GGCCGGGCGGGGGGGGCCGCGCAUGCGCGCCGCGUGCCCGCCCCUCGCCAGCAGCAGAGGAGGAGGCGGCGGUGGCGGCUCUGGGCGAGGGAGCGCGAGGGGAGUGAGAGGCGCCGUUGCCGCUCCGGUAUCCGGCAGGACCGCGCGGAGGAGGCGGGAGCGCCCCGGCGGCGGAGGGACCUGAGUGGCGGCGGCAGCAGCAGCAGCAGCAGCAGGAGGAGUCAGUGCCCGGCCCCCCCCCGCGCAGCCCCAUUGCAGCCCCCCCCCUCCCUCCCGCCCUCCGCGCUCCGCAGCCACCAACAUGUCGGCGCCGGCGGCCAAAGUCAGUAAGAAGGAGCUGAACUCUAACCACGAUGGGGCCGACGAGACCUCAGAAAAAGAGCAACAGGAAGCAAUUGAACACAUUGAUGAAGUACAGAAUGAAAUAGACAGACUGAAUGAACAAGCCAGUGAGGAAAUUUUGAAAGUAGAACAGAAAUACAACAAACUCCGCCAACCAUUCUUCCAGAAGAGGUCAGAAUUGAUCGCCAAAAUCCCGAAUUUCUGGGUAACAACAUUUGUCAACCACCCACAAGUAUCUGCACUCCUGGGAGAAGAAGAUGAGGAAGCACUGCAUUACUUGACCAGAGUUGAGGUGACAGAAUUUGAAGACAUCAAAUCAGGUUACAGAAUAGAUUUUUAUUUUGAUGAGAAUCCCUACUUUGAAAAUAAAGUUCUCUCCAAAGAGUUUCACCUCAAUGAAAGUGGAGACCCAUCUUCAAAAUCGACUGAGAUCAAAUGGAAAUCUGGAAAGGACCUGACAAAACGUUCAAGCCAGACACAGAACAAAGCCAGUAGGAAGAGGCAGCAUGAAGAGCCAGAAAGCUUUUUCACCUGGUUCACUGACCACUCUGAUGCAGGGGCUGACGAGCUAGGAGAAGUCAUCAAGGAUGACAUCUGGCCAAAUCCCCUACAGUACUACUUGGUUCCUGAUAUGGAUGAUGAAGAGGGGGAGGGAGAGGAGGAUGACGAUGAUGAUGAAGAGGAGGAAGGAUUAGAGGAUAUUGAUGAAGAAGGAGAUGAAGAUGAGGGGGAGGAAGAUGAAGAUGAUGAUGAGGGAGAAGAAGGAGAGGAGGAUGAAGGAGAAGAUGACUAAUUGAACACUGAUGGAUUCCAAACCCCCUUUUUACCUUUUUAAUUUUUCUCCAGUCCCUGGGAGCAAGUUGCUGUCUUUUUUUUCUUGUGCUCAGUCGCCUUGUUCUCUUGAGGUCUCUUUUUCUCUCCUCUACACCAUGGUUCACAAUUUAUUUUGGGGAAAUACCUUGAGCAGAAUCCAGUGGAAAAGAAUCUACCAGUUUCUGUUUCAAGUUCAUUUUUAUCCCUUUCUGUCUCAAAACAAAAACUGUUUAUGAAUUCAACACACCAUGUUCUGUGGGAAAAAAGAAAACCUUCUGCUCCCUUCACUCUGCUGGAAGCUGAAGAGUGCUAGGCCCCUGUGUAGUAGUGCAUAGAAUCUAGCUUUUUUCCUUCUUUCUCUGUAUAUUGGGCUCAGAGAUUACACUGUGUCUCUAUGUGAAUAUGGACAGUUAGCAUUUACCAACAUGUAUCUGUCUACUUUCUCUUGUUUAAAAAAAAAAGAAAAAAAAACUACAAAAAAAUAAAAAUAAAAAUGGGGUUAUAGAAGGUCAGCCGGGGUGGGUUUCAGAUGUUUGGGUGGGUUAAGUGGGCAUUUUGACAACAUGGCUUCUUCUCCUUUGGCAUGUUUAAUUGUGAUGUUUAACAAACAUCCUUGCAGUUUAAGAUGACACUUUUAAAAUAAAAUCUUCUCCUAAUGAUGACUUUGAGCCCUGCCACUUGAUGGAGAAUCAGCAGAACCAGUAGGAUCUUAUUUGGAAUUGACAUUCUCUAUUGUAAUUUUGUUCUUGUUUAUUUUUAAAUUCUUUUUUUUUUGGUGGUUUUUCUUUUUUUUCUUUUUGGUUUUUUUUUUGUUUCACUGGAAAGGAAAGAAAGAUGCUCAGUUUUAAACGUUAAAGUGUACAAGUUGCUUUGUUACAAUAAAACUAAAUGUGUACACAAA